GUCGGACGUAUUUUGUAGUAACACCCUUUCAAAAUGACUUCCAAAACAGACACAACAUGCAAAAUAUUUUCUUUUCAAGACUACAAAUCCUCUCCCGAUCCGAUUUUCGAGAUUUCUGCCGAAUGCUUACAACCAUCACCAGUUCCGAUAAUAAUAGAUAACGGCUCUUUUCAAACAAGGGCCGGUUGGGCAUGCAAAGGGGACGAACUAGGCGCACCGCGGCUUCUGUUCAAGUCCGUGGCGGCGAGGAGCAGAGGGGCAGCGCGAAGUGAAACCCAAAUCGGCAAUGACAUUUCUAACCUCGAGCCGGUGCGAUGGCUCCUGAAAAGCCAGUUUGACCGAAAUGUGGUUGUAAACUUCGAGAUACAGGAACUGAUGUUCGAUUACAUAUUCAGCCACCUCGGAGUUGUGACUGAGGGCAGUGUUGAACAUCCUAUAGUGCUCACAGAGGCGCCCUGCAACCCGCUGCACAGUCGCCAGAUGAUGUCAGAGCUGCUCUUUGAGUGCUACAGAGUUCCUCAUGUGUCCUAUGGCGUAGACUGCCUGUACAGCCUCUACUACAACAAUGCUCUCAGCAACCUCACACCCCAAAACACCGGCAUUGUCCUCUCCUCUGGCUACCACUGCUCUCACAUCCUACCCGUUAUCAAUGGAAGGCUGGAUGCAGGGAACUGUAAGCGUGUGAAUGUGGGCGGGAGCCAGGCGGCCUCGUAUCUCCAGCGUCUGCUCCAGCUGAAGUACCCUGGUCACCUGGCUGCCGUCACCCUCAGCCGCAUGGAGGAGCUGCUCCACGAACACAGCUACACAGCCACAGACUACCACCAAGAGCUGGAGAAGUGGCGCAGUGUAGAGUUCUAUGAGCAGGAGGUGCACCGCAUGCAGCUGCCCUUCUCUGCCAAGGGGCUGGGCGGCGUGGUGAGUGUGGAGGAGAGGCAGGAGAGACGCACCCAGCAGCUGCGCAGGCUACAGGAGAUCAACGCCCGGCGCAGGGAGGAGAAGCUACAGCAGGACCAAGAGCGGUUGGAUAAACUACUGACAGUGCAGGAGCUGUUGGAGGACGGCUACCUGGAGCAGUUCCAUAAGAACCUGGUACAGCUGAAUAUGGACUCUGCUGAGGAGCUGCAGUCCUACAUCAACAAGCUGAGCCUGGUGGUGGAGCAGGGCAGGCAGCGGCUCUUACAGGCCUCAGAAAUGGAGCAGCCAAUGGAUGAAGGGGACGGGGUGACAGAGAUGGAUCCGGACUUCAGUGAGGAAAACACAGAGACAGAAAAGCCUGUGCAGCCGGUGUUUAACAUGGCAGAGUACCAUCAGCUGUUUGUGGGCACGGAGCGCCUGCGAGUCUCAGAGAUCCUCUUCCAGCCGUCGCUGAUAGGAGAAGACCAGAUGGGCAUGAUGGAGACGCUGCAGUAUGUCUUAGCCGGGUAUACUCCUGAGCAGCAGGAGGCACUGGCCCGUAAUGUGUUCCUGACGGGAGGGAACCUACAGUAUCCAGGUAUGAAGGAGAGGAUAGAGAGAGAGCUGCUGGCCAUGAGGCCCUUCCAGUCGCACUUCCAGGUGAUGAUGGCGUCGCGGCCUGCGGUGGAUGCCUGGUACGGGGCUCGGGACUGGGCCUUGGAGCACCCCCCUGGCGGGGAGGGCUGGAUCAGCCGGCAGGACUAUGAGGAGAAGGGCGGUGAGUAUCUGAGCGAGCACUGUGCCUCCAACGUCUUCAUCCCUAUGAAGAUCGCCAAACCAGUCCCACGCCUUGCUGAACCUCUGUUAGUGCCCAUUACCACGAUGACAGCAGCUUCCCCCGACAGUGUUUCAGCCUCUCCGUCAACCUUCACCUUGGCACCGACCCAAACUUGAACUCCUCCACUUUCUCUCAUGAGUACUUAUGGGAAAGAGCAUAACUAGGUGGGUGCAUCUCACUGUAUAUAUCAUGGUGCUGUGCAUUUUGGGAUUUCAAAUUAGCACAGAUGAUGAUGGACCAAUGGACCACUCAUGUUGAAUGGUUACAACUUUAGACCGGUCUGAAGGCAUUGGGCUGUUUGGUUGUGUUAGUCCUUUUUAUACUUCAUCACAUACAUGAUUUUGUUUUCUUACCUGUGGAGUUUUUAUAAUACAAUCAAGCUAUGUUUCAGAUUCAGUCAAGGAUAUGUUGUCAACCAAACACCUAGAUACCACAAGCUGGCAUUUGCUGUCAUAUUACAAUAAAAACAUACUUUAUGUAUAAGACUGUCAAGUUCCUCUUUGUUGUAUGCUGUAUCUAGAAGAGCGAAAUCCAUAUCCACAUGAGUAUUACUGCAGUACACUAUUGUGCCACAGGGUGGUGUUAGUCUACAGUACAGUAGAUCCCCCCCCCCACACACACACACACCUUUGACCAAACAACUGAAUGCUCAGCCAAUACAAGCUCUUCAGCAGCUUGUAAAGCACCAUUGGCCGCAUUACUGGGAUGUAGGAACAUCCCCUUUUUUACAGAUGUUUUGUUAUAGAGAUACACAUAGAGUUAGAUCUCUAUUGUAGUAUUGCCACACUGUGUCCUCUUAGAUAUAUAGUGCCUUCAGGAAGUAUUCGUAGCCCUUGACUUAUUCCACAUUUAGUUGUUAGCCUGAAUUUAAAAUGUAUUUAAAAAAAUUCACCCAACUACACACAAUACCCCAUAAUGACAAAGUGAAAACGUGUUUUUAGAAAUGUAUUGAAAAUGAAAUGCAGAUAUCUAAUUUACAUAAGUAUUCACAGCCCCGAGUCAAUACUUUGUAGAAGCACCUUUGCCAGCGAUUACAGCUGUGAGUCUUUCUGGGUAAGUCUUUAAGAACUUUCGAAACCUGGAUUGUGCAACAUUUGCCCAUUAAUCUUUUCAAAAUUCUUCAAGCGCUGUCAAAUUGAUUGUUGAAUCAUUGCUAGACAACCAUUUUCAGGUCUUGCCAUAGAUUUUAAAGUAGAUUUAAGUCAAAACUGUAACUUGGCCACUCAGGAACAUGUUUUCUGGUAAGCAAUUCCAGUUUAUAUGUGGCCUUGUGUUUUAAGUUAUUGUCCUGCUGAGAGGUGCAUUCAUCUCCCAGUGUCUGGUGGAAGGCAGACUGAACCAGGUUUUCCUCUAGGAUUUUGCCUAUGCUUAGCUCCAUUCCAUUUAUUUUUUUAAUGAUGAAAAACUCCCCAGUCCUUCACGAUUACAUGCAUACCCAUAACAUGAUGCAGCCACUACUCUGCUUGAAAUUAUGGAGAGUGGUGCUCAGUAAUGUGUUGUAUUAGAUCUACCCCCAACAUAACACCUUGUAUUCAGAAUAAAAAGAAUAAAAAGUUAAUUGCUUUGCCACAUUCUUUGCAGUAUUACUUUAGUGCCUUGUUGCAAACAGGAUGCAUGUUUUGGAACAUUGUUAUUCUGUACAGGCUUCCUUCUUUUCACUCUGUCAUUUAUGUUAGUAGUGUGGUGCAACUACAAUGUUGUUGAUUCAUCCUCAGUUUUCUCCUUUCAUAGCCAUUAAACUUUGUAACUGUUUUAAGUCA